AUGACGGAGCCACCCGAUGCUGCAACUUGGGAGUACAGUGCAGUUGCUUACGUAGCAAUUGCACUGACGCUGCUGAUUGCAACUCAUGUUUACUUCGAGUGCAGGGGAAGGAUGAGAUGGCACACGAUAAGCUGGAAGCAUGUCUCUGAAAGCUCUCGGGGCUUAAGCUUGCGAUGUAUGGCAAUCUAUAGAUUCUGCUGCUUUCUCAUCGUGGUGCUUACUGAUGCAAUGAUGGUCUUGCAGGCUGAGGAUAGCCCGCUGGUAAGCUCAUGGAUGGCUUUUGCGACGUUCACAGUAUGGAGCUGGACCUUGAUUGGAUUCUACAAUCUACUGGCAGCCUUUGCUUCGAUCUCUGAUGCCAUGGGCAUCAUCCCCGCUGACGGUUCUGUGGCAAAGGUCUUCUGCUGUUCAGCCUGGGUCCUCUUCGAAGUACUGCUUCCGGUGUCCUGCCUGAUCUGCCUUUUGGUUUGGUCAGUGCUUCUGCCUCUGGCGUAUCAGACAUACGGCAAUGAUUCAGGCCUACUCUCCGUACCAGCUCUGGCUGCUCACAACUUGAAUUUUAUCUUCAUGCUCACGGAGACGUUCUUGAAUAGGCUUUGCAUUACCAGCUACCACCUGGUUUUCAUGUUCUAUUACGGUGGACUGUAUGUUAUCUUCUCGUGGUUUUUCUUCGCAGCUUACAAGUUUUUCUUUUACUUCUUCAUUGAUUGGCGGUAUUCGUUUGUGCUGAUUGGUUAUACCGGAUUGCUGGGCUUGCUUGCCAUAUUCUUUUUCAUCGGCCGAUGCAUCGUGAACUGUAUCAAGCCAUCGGUGUAUACUUGGGAGCUUGACCUGCAGUCCAGUACAGACUGCGAAGAAACCUCUGACUCUUCUGAUGUGGACCAGUUCGCCUAG